AUGCAUUUCCCAACCAUUGUCGCGGCUCUGGGGCACGUCAGCCUCAUCUCGGCCUACACGGCCCGUUACAGCAAAAAUUACUGCGAGCAAACUCGCCCCGUGGUUACAUCCUACAGCAAUGCCUUAAACUAUUGCUACAACAUCGAUGGCGCAGCUUCAUUGCAAUUCACCGACGUCGGGGUCCCCUCUAGGUGGAAGUGCAUUGUCUACGCUGGAUCCGGCUGCACAGGCUCACACUUGGAAGUUGUGAGCACUAAUUCAGGCACGAAUUGCUUCAACAGCCCAGUUGGCUGGAUAUAUUCUUACGCGUGUAUUGAUGCGUAG